AAUUAAGCAGUUUUUAAUCCCUGACUCAGAUGUAGCUGUGCAUAUGUAGCUGCAUUAUUGUGUGACAGUUUUCAGUUCCAGUGUGAAAGGAGGUGGUACAUGCAAGAAUACUUUGUUUCUGGGGGCAGUUUUGGCUUGCUUAGUCCAUGCUUGAGGGACAGACAGAUACAGAGCUUCGUUUCCUUGUCAGUCCUGUAAACUUCCAAAACUGAGUUAACCUGGGGUGAUUUAAAGCAAGUGGUGAAUUGGUGGCUUCACAGCAUUCUUGCUUUAAAUAAUAAAAAACAUGCAUAAGGAUUGACAGAUCAAGAGAAAUCAAUUCAGGCUUGGGUUCAGUUUUUGUGUUCAUCAUCACCCCAAUGAGUAGGAAAUUGUUCAGUUCGUGCUGUUUGGUUGCUGGUUGUGACACUGAUGUACUUAGGGUCCACUAAGGAAAAAGAAUGCAACCUGUUUGUGGAAUACAUGCCUUGAUUGUUGAAUAUCUCGCUGUCCACCAGUGCUGGGAGUUGUUCUGUGUUGUGGCUGCCUUUCCUGUGAGGCCUGAAGUUGGUGUUGGAAGGGGAAUGUUGGCCCAAACAGGGCCAGCAGAAGGUGAAGCUUUCUUUCCUUGAUGGAUGACAGUCACGAGAAGCAGGACUGAAUGUAAUCUGGAUGUGUUCAAUGGCAGUCUCAAAUUUUCUAGCCCUUAAUGCCAAGUUUUGUUGCCAUCAUAGCUGUGGUGUGGGUGGAAAAGCCCAACCAGAAAUGAGCAGAUCUAACUGUAAGCUGCUUUGCAUGUUGUCAAUUGACUAUAAAUUGCAGCAGUCAUUGACUCAGUGGAACAAGCUACAUAAUUCAGAUAUUUUCAGGUAUUCAUCACUCUUAAGACAGCACAUCUUGUUCCCUUGGAUUUUACUUUCCUCUUAAGGUUGGCUAAAUGCAGAACCUGAUGGAUGGCAAAAGCUAUUGUAACCUCAUCUGUGCUGAGGCUCAGCACAUGCAGCUGGCAAGGCCAUUCUGUGCAGACCCACUGGUGACGUUCCACGUGUACCCAGAAACACCAAACCAGGUCCCUUUGUCUGAAGAUUUGUCAUUCCUUCCUUUCGUGCCAGAGCAUUUCAUCACAGAGACGUUCUACAGCAAGCCCUGCCCUUUUCCCUACCAAAUGCCCCAUUCCAGUCUCCACAAAAGUGAGUACUCCUAUGGCUCAGCUUUCAUCAGGAAGAGGAAUGAGCGGGAGAGGCAGCGUGUUAAGUGUGUCAAUGAGGGCUACGCCAAGCUGAGGCACCACCUGCCCAAGGAAUACUUGGAGAAACGGCUCAGCAAAGUGGAGACCCUCCGUGCUGCUAUCAAAUACAUCAGAUACCUACAGUCUGUGCUGUGCACUGACUCUGUGGUGGCAGGAGAAGGUGUCACGGAACCAAACCAAGCACUUAAAGCCACUAACAAACAAACCCAGUUUUUGAAGACUGUCUGAGGUGUUCCAAAUCCAGCCAAAGGUAUCCUGUCUGGGUAGCCACUGUGUUAAUGACGUGUGUGUCCUGGCACUUCUUAGGAGCAGAUCGUGGCACACGUCAGUAUCAGCCCACACAAGAGCUUUAAUGUUACAGAUAGGAACUACACUUAGAGAUGAGAAAAACAACUGGGAAAAUCUCAGCUGAAUGACUUAAGUUAAUUCAUGAAAAUCAGAGCACAUUUCUAAAUUUGUCACCAGGCUAAAAAUGUAACACCUAUAUGUGUGAAGUAACUGUAUGUAUCACCACAAACUGCAUGCUUUAAAAUAAAAUCUUUCUACUUAUGGGACUGAGAUUCUUCUCAU